CGCGCAGAACCCACCCCAACCCGGAGGCCGCAGCCAGGCGCCCACCCGUCGCCGGCGGAAUGGCUUCGUCAGCGGCGUACCCCGACGCGGACGAGAACCUGGAGGCCAUCAUCACCCGCAUCGACCAGAAGUCCCACAAGAUCGAGGCCCUCCUUAAGCAGUCGAAGCCGGUGGAGGCGCUGAAGACGGCGCUCGAGGGAUCGCCCCUCAAGACCCGCGACGAGCGAUGCAAGUCCGCGAACUGGAUCGUGGUGCACCGCGCGAUGAUGGCGAUCAGGGACGUCGAGGGCAUGUUCACCUCACUGGAUCCCGAGUACUACGACAUCCUCAUGAAGUACCUUUAUAGAGGUUUAUCUACCGGGGACAGGCCUACAUGUGACCAGUGCCUCAAAAUUCAUGAACAACUGACUGAGAAGGCAGGCCUAGGAUGUGUAUUGCGGUCACUCGCUGAUACUGUAAACACUGUCUGAGCUUCAUCUCAGCUAAGGGUGGACAGAACAAAGUUUAGUUCCUGCUCUAUGCUGUGGUAAAUCUGAUAAAUUAGCUGUAUGAAAAAUUGCUAAUUAUAUGAUUUACAUUAUCUUUGCCAUCUGGCAAUUUCAGUUAGAGUAUCCUUGUACCUUACUGGAAUGGCUGAACUUAUGUAGUAUUACGUCAUUUUCAACUCUUUGUACUAGACUGUUUUUCUUUGCUA